AUGGAGGACGAGGAGCAGCCUGCUCCUGCGCGACCUCUGUCUGUGGAGGAAGUUAGCCUUCUCGUAAGCCAAGAAGAGGGUGAUAUGGCUGCAGAUGCUGUCGAGGUCGAAAGCGACGACGAGGAUGCAGAGUAUGCUCUCGGGCCUAAACCGGGGCGCAUGUGGCCCGAGGUCAGUACAGAACGCGCACAGCGUUACAAGCGGGAAGUCGACGAGAUCAGAGAGACGUUUGAAGACACGGUCGAUGAGUUUGACAUGACGAUGGUCUCGGAAUACGCCGAAGAGAUCUUCGAGUACAUGAAUGAGCUCGAGGAGGACGUCAUGCCGAACCCUGACUAUAUGGACGGGCAAACGGAGAUUAACUGGUCUAUGCGGCAAACACUCGUCGACUGGCUAUUGCAGGUGCAUUUGCGAUAUCACAUGCUUCCAGAAACGCUGUGGAUCGCUAUCAACAUUGUCGAUCGCUUCUUGACGAAGCGGAUUGUCUCCGUCCUCAAGUUGCAGCUCGUCGGCGUGACAGCGAUGUUCAUCGCUGCGAAGUACGAGGAGAUUCUCGCCCCGUCCGUCGAAGAGUUCGUCUUCAUGACGGACAAGGGCUAUUCGAAGGAGGAGAUUCUGAAGGGCGAGCGAAUAGUGCUGCAAACACUGGAGUUCAAAGUCAGUCACUACUGCUCACCGUACAGCUGGAUGCGCAAGAUCAGCAAGGCGGACGACUACGACAUCCAAACGCGGACGCUGAGCAAGUUCCUUACGGAGGUCACGUUGUUGGACCACCGCUUCCUGCGGGUGAAGCCCAGCCUCAUAGCAGCUAUUGGGAUGUACACGGCAAGGCGGAUGUUGGGAGGCGAUUGGAACGAGGCCUUCGUCUUCUAUUCCGGCUUUACAGAGGAGCACCUGCAGCCUGGUCACCAAUGGCUGCUUGAGACGAUCACAGAGCAAGGCUUCACCCAACAGCACGUCUGUCAGAAGUACGCGAACAAGAAGUUCCUCAAGGCGUCGCUCUACGCCAUCGAGUGGGCGCGUUUGCAUAUCUACGAUGAGCUGGAAGGCGACAAGAUGAACCUCGAAGAGUGA